AUUUUUUUCUAAUUGUAAUUUUCGUUCAAAUGAAACCGGAAAUGAAGACAGACAGGAAGUGGUAAUAAAGGGCGGGACAUUUUUUUAAAAACUGACUGCUCCCUCAACGGCGUCUCCGCAAAGUGUUAAACUAAACAAGAAGCAAUGGCCUCAAAAAUCCCUAAAAAACUCCAUUUACCUGGUGAUAACAAGAAAAACAAGACUGAAUCCAAAAACGCAGAAGCUGUCCAGAAACCUGACGCCAAAGGCCAGAAAGAAAAUAUGCCGGUGAAAACAGUUGCUCCUAAAGUCCAUAAAGGGACCACUAGAUACGGACAACAGAUGGAGCUCAAGGAGCAAAACCAGCACCUAACUGCUGCAAACGAGGAGCUCCAGAAAAACUUAGCUGAGGCGCAGCACAGAGUUGCUGAUUUGGAGCUUCAGUUCAGUGAGCUUCAGAAGGAGAAUUCAGACGUUCAGAAAAAGCUGCAGAAUUGUCACGUUCUCAUUGUUUCUGCUAAAAUAGACCCAGUUUUGGGAGAAAGUGUUGGAGAUGCUGCGCGAAAGAUGGAGGAAGACAGGAAACAAGUUGUGAGCCUUUCCUCAGACUUGCUGAGUGAACUGAAGUCCUUCGGUUCGGCUGCGUCGCAUCAGCGAGCCCAGCUUCAGGAAAUCCAGACAAACUUUGAGGAGCUCUCAAAAGCUGGAGAAGUCAUAAAGCAGGAGCGGGAGAACUUCACUCUGCAAGCAGCUGAACUGGAGAAAGCUCUCGAAGAGACAGAAGAGCUCCUGUUGUAAAUGUAACUUUGUAAAGAAAAAAUCUGUAAAUAGAAUUAACAAAUUUUGAUUUUUUCUUUUUGUGUAUUUGUGUUCUGAACAGAAAAACUCAGAAAUCCAUUGACAUAAAAAUAAAUAACUUUCUUAGUGUG